AUGGCCACCCUAUGCGUUCUGUCGUUCGAUCCUGAGGGCCGCCCGAUUCAGUUCGAGACCUGGCUCGAUGACCUGCAGCUGUUCCUAAUGAGCGAUAGCAAGGACAAUGUCUCUCUUUUUUACCACACGUCUGGUGCCUCAGUCGCUCCUGCUGCCACAGCUGAGCUUAGCGCCCGUUCCCAGUGGCAGACUCGUGAUGCUGCUGCUCGCCUAGCCAUUCGCAACCACCUGCCGUUAGCCGAACUCACGCAUUUUGGCGAGCACAAAACCGCUAAGGCCCUGUACGACGCUGUAGUUGCUCGAUACUCCUCCCCUGCCACUGCUGAGCUUAGCCGCCUCAUGCUGCCCUACCUGUUUCCUGAGCUGUCCACCUUUGCCACAGUUGCCGAUCUCAUCACCCACCUUCGCACUAGUGACACUCGCCUUCGCGCCACCCUCCCCAAAGAGUUCUGUGCUAAGAACCCGCCUCCGAUAUACGGGACCCUCCACUUCAUAGUCACCCGUCUCCCUGACUCUCUUCGCUCAGUGCUGCUCGUGGCGCUCCUCGCACCCCCAUCUUUGAGGGGUGCUCUCCCUCUCCCCUUGCCCCCUCCUACUGCCGCUACUAUUGACUUCCUUGGUGCUGAGUCUGUUGGUGCUGCUUCUGCUCCUAGUGGGAGGCGCCGCAGCGGCAAGGGCAAGGGAGCCAAGAGUAGCGGAGCAGGCACCGGAGGUGGUGGUGGAGGCGGUGGAGGAGGAGGAGGUGGCGGAGGGAGUGGUGGCGGGAGUGCUGGCGGGAGUGGUAGCGUCGGUAGCGGCGGUGGAGGCGGUGGCGGCGGAGGGGGUGGCGGCGGCGGUGGCGGCGGCGGUGGCGGCGGCGGCGGUGGCGGUGGAGGUGGCAGUCGGGGUGGAGGCACUGGCGCUGGCCAGAGACAGCAGCAGCAGCAGCGUCCCCAGACACCCCAGCAGCUUCGUGAGUGGCUUGCUCAGCGUGGGAAGUCUAGGAGUGGUGGUCGCUGCCCGUAUAUCAUUCGCACAGGUGACCGCAAUGGUCAGACAUGCGGAAAGUUCCACACCCAGCACCGCUGCUUCUCCCGCCUUGACGACGCCUGGCGUGAGGAGAUGGGCGAGGGCGCUGAGCGCCCUCGCUGGCAUGAGCUGCUUAGGGCUGGUAUAGACAUUUUUUCUCUUGACUAUGAUGCUAUUAUUGCUGCCAUGUAUCAAUUGGAGGUUAGUGCUGAGGGUGACUGCUACUUGUGUGUGCCGCCUGACCCCGGUAUAAAGGCUGCUGCUCUAGGUGCUAGCGAGUCUGCUCUCUCAGGUACUGCGCCUGCUGAGGCCUUGCACACCUUCACGCUUGACUCAGUUCUUGCACGGUCCACCACUGUGCUUCCGUGCCCGGCGGUUCCGUCUGGCUCACUGUCAGGCCUCCACCUGCCCUCGUUCUCUACGAACUUGACUCUUCUCUGGCACCACCGUCAAGGUCACCCCUCCUUGCCACGUCUACGUGGCAUGCACCGUCGCCUCCUUGUGUCUGGUCUUCCCAGGUCUCUCCCUCCCCUCCCUGCCUCACAUGCGCCGCCUUGCCUUCAUUGUGUCAAGGGGCGGCAGCACGCCGCUCCUCACUCCUCCUCGUUUCCCCCGACAGAGGCUCCCCUGCAGACCCUCCACAUGGACGUGUGGGGCCCAGCCCGCGUUCGUGGACAGGGCGGCGAGCGGUACUUUCUGCUGGUUGUCGUCGACUACUCGCGUUACACCACAGGGUGA